AUGGCAAUAUACAGCCACAUUAUAAUGUGGGCGUUUAAAAAGUGUGGGACACAAUUUCUACGAAGAUGGAGCUCUGGGACGGAAGAAGAAUAUACAGAAAGGGAUGCCCUUUUGACAGACUUGGUUGAUCUGAUAGAAGAAAGUAAUGCAGAGAUUAGCAGCACAAAAGAUAAGCGUGAUGAGGAAAGACAAAAAGAAUUGAAAGGAGUAAUGAUCAGAGAGGCAGCAAUGCAGUCACUGAAGAGAAACACGCCACACGUAGAAUCUGGCGAUGAAAGUUUUAAUCAAAAAGAGAAGGAAACACCAAAAAAGAAAACGGAAAAGCAAUAUGUUAGAGGAUUACAUGAAACUUAG